AUGGCUGUAUACGCGGAAUUCUCGCGUGCUGAUUGGCUCAACUUCACCCCUGUGGAUGGGCUGGUUAGAACUUGGAACGCAUGGCCCUUAUCGAAUGUACGGGCUGCAUUGAACCGUUUAAUCGAGUGGGCUCUGAUUAGACCCGCCUCGGUCGCAUCAUCUUACUAUCCUGGUAUUCCAUUCAAUUCACCGGAGAACUAUACCAGCCUGCAGGAUAGAUGGACCCACGUAGCGAAUUAUGCUGUCUGGCCUGAGAGCGUUGGCUACUUUACUCGAACAACUCCUUCGUUCCUAACGAUGUCAAGGCUUAUGCUAUAG